AUGCCGGCAGCCCAGGGGCAACCCCCACCGCCGCCCGCAAGGCGACGCCGCCGCCCAUUUGUAACUUCGUUUGUUGAUUCUGUGCUUCCUUUUUUGCCAGCGAAGGACCUCCUUGCUUGUGCUGGUGUUUGCCAAAUUUGGAGGGAGGAGGCCAAUUCGCUUUCAUUGUGGAGGGCCCUUCUCGCUGCCAAUUCGGCCACUGCAAUAUACACUUAUAGCAACUUCCCGCUUCGUGAAAUUCAGAAAAUCGUGUUGCAGAGAACCCCGCUAGCUGCAAUAGGAACAACUUAUGUAGGGCACGGUUUCACUUCUAAUACAGGUGACUUUAUUCAAAAUUUGGAGAACGGAGCAGAAGCACGGUCAACAACUUUCAUACACCGCCAGGCCACAAAUAGGGUCUCUGAAAGAGGAUUUUCUUCUGGAUUAUCAUUUCCACGAACAGUGCAUAACGAGUUAGGCGGGCCGAACCUUGAGAUUACAACAACUUACGCGGACUUGAAAAGGAGAGCUGAAUCCUUGAUGAGCGAGAUGGGAUCUCUUCAGUCUUACAUGUCAUUAUUGAAGGAGCAAACGUCUGCAUCUACACGUGCUCUUGUUUAUCUCUCUCAGCAUCUCCCAAGUAGCGGAGCUGUGUUACUUCAUCGAGAAUGUUUAAGAGAAUGGAAAAGGCUAAAAUUGUUUGAAGAAUUGGUUGUUAAUUCUCUCUAUUUAAGCAUAGAAUGUCCGCCACCAUGUAGAGGGGUUCGAUCCUUUGCACACGCCGAAAUGGUGGGUCUUGGUGAAGUAGGCUCACUAUUUCAUCUGAAUUGGUGUCGUUUUAAAAACGUCCUUCCAUUGAAUGAUAUUUACUUUGACUAUAUGAACUUAUUGUAUUCAUAUGGUCCAGGCAUAUUGUAUCCCAUAAAGCUGUCUCUUCUUGAAGAGGCUGAAGGAAAACGGAACCUUGCAUGCUUUUCACGGCUUCGUGAUAUUGUUAACGAUGUUAUCAAUCGAAAAUAUGGUGAGUCAAGAAACAUUUCUUGGAAUUUUCUUCUUCAGUGCUUGGAAAAGUAG